GAAUAAGCAGUAGUUAUAAGAUAUUGUGUUUGGAUUGUUUGGGAAAGAAAUAUCAUAACCAAUUAGCAGAUUGGCAAAAAAAGAAGUUUAGGGAAUAUCGGAGGAGAGACUUGGCUGGCUGGCUCAUUGAACUAAUAAUUAUGGAAGUUUGGCAAAUUACCAGUAAAGAAUUAAUUUCUUAUACUGAUACUAAAAGAAAAUCAAAACACGGUAAACACAAAGGGGAUUAUUACACCAAAAACAAGUCUAAAUACCUCCUCGCCCAACAAAAAUACCGGCUUAAACUACAAGCCAAUAAACUUCCUAAAAUUAUUUCUGAAUUUCAACAAAACAAGCAAAAUCAACUUUUAAAGUUAUUACCUAAAAUAGAUACCAACAACUUAGAAAGAGGUUGUUAUGCUUGCGGUUAUGUCAAAAGUCCCAAAGGUCAUAUUCGCAUACCUUUUCUCUUUAAAAGUAAAAAAACCCAUGAGAAAACUGGCACUUUUUAUUUUCAAGGCCAAAAGAUAGGUGAUGCUAAAAUCAGCGGUGAAGUUAUGCUUCCCGGAAAUGCUUAUUAUGAUAAAAGUGAAGCUAGUGAAAAAGUUAAAAAAUUGAAUGGUAGGGGUAUUAACUUACACGAGUCGAUUUCUGAAAGAUUAGUUUGUUAUCUUAAUAAUUUUGCUUUGGCAAUUGGCGAAGGUAGUUAUGAUGCCAAAAGUUCAGAAGGAGAUUUUAUUCAAAUUAAGGCUACUUCUAACUUUGAGGAUGAUUUAUCUAGUUUCGGACCAAGAAGCCAGUUUGAUUUUUUACAUUUUGCUCGUUUUGAUAUUAACAAAGACGAAAAAGAAUUAGACGGCAUAGUUCUUAAUAAAAAGAAAAAUGAAACAUUUCUCCAACAACAAGAACAGGGAAGAAGACCACAUUUUUCAAUUAUCAAAGAAUUAAUUGAGAAGCACCGGUUAGAACCUUACAAAAAGUAUAAAGUAGCUAGUUUAUUUGCCGGUAUUGGAGGUAUAGAUUUAGCAUUUGAACAAGCAGGGUUUAAGAUAGGAGAUAUUAAGCAAGUAAAAACAGAGGAAGUUCCUGAAUUUGAUAUUUUAAUUGCCGGUUUUCCUUGCCAAGCUUUCAGUGUAGCAGGAGAACAAAAAGGCUUUAAUGACGAAAGAGGAAAGGUAUUUUUUGAGAUAAUUCGUUUUUUAAAAGCUAAGGAACCAAAAGCUUUUUUGUUAGAAAAUGUGCGAAAUCUAGUUAAUCAUAACGAGGGAGAAACCUUAAAAAAAAUGUUAGAAUUGUUAAAAGAUUGUGGUUAUUGGGUGAAAUAUGAUGUAUUAAGUGCCGAAACUCAUGGAAAUAUUCCUCAAAACCGCGAGAGAGUCUUUAUUGUCGGUUUUCAAGAGAAAAAGCAAUACGAAAUUUUUUCUUUUCCUCCGAAAGUUCCCUUAAAAACUCAAAUCAGAGAUUUAGUGGAUUUUCAGGAACCCCAAGAAAAGAAAUAUUAUUAUUCUGUUGGCACAGGGGGGCAUAAUGUUCCACUUAUUUUUACUAAGCAAGGAAUUAGAAAGCUAACCCCUCGGGAAUGCUUUAAUUUACAAGGAUUUCCUCCGACAUUCAAAUUACCUAAUUUGGCUAAUUGUCACUUAUAUAAGCAAGCCGGAAAUUCUGUUAUUGUUCCUUUGAUAAAAAGAAUAGCCGAGAAUGUUUUAACAACCAUGAGGAAGGUUAAAAAAUUGGAGAAAAUUCCUACUCAAAGUCAGUCAUUUUCGCCUUUUAAGGAGCAAAAUGCUGAAAAGCCUGGGGGAAGUGAUAUUGUUCUGGGCAUGAAAGAGAGCAUGUUUUAUGUACCUAAUAAACCUUAUGACUGGGCUGGUUGUUAUUUGUGCGGGAAAGAAUUAAAAGGAGCCAGUAAGAAAGGAGUAGUUAAGAAUCGGAAUAAUCCUA